GGAUGACGUGUCAAGCGAGGAGUUCCUAUCUGGCGGAGGAGGUGUUGUGGGGUCACAGGUUCAGCCCCAUGAUGUCACUGGCCGAAGGCUUCUUUGACGUCGACUACGGAGCUUUUCAUCACACGUUUGAGGUGGACACACCCUCCUGCUCAGCGCGAGAGCUGGCUUUGGCUGCGGCCCGGCUCGACGCUCACCUGUACUGGUCCAUCUCCAGCAGGCUGGAUGAGGAGCCCACUCUGGCAGAGCAAACGCCCAAGCAGGCGGACAGCAGCUCAGCCAACAGCAAAGCAGGCGAGCCGAUCUUCACGGUCGGGGAGAUGACGGACAUCCAGGAGCAGACAGGACUGGGGGAGCUGAACGGCAGCAUCACCACCGAUCAAUCUGAAUCAGAGGCCUAGAACCGAGAAUGUUUACAGAUGGAUCACCACCACAUCACGGUUACAUGAUGAUUUCUUUUAGGAACGACAAGUAGUUUAAAGAGCCACAACUCAACUGUAAACAUCCUCUUCUGUUGCCACGAGAAAACUUUAUUUCCUGAUGUUUCUCUUUUAUUUGUACAUUCCUGUUUGUCACAAAUGUGGUGUCUUCUGGGCCUGUUGCUCUGAUCACCGUUGCCUAUAUCUACUUUAAAUGACAAGACUAUGCUUUGGAUGGGGUUGACAGCAGGCCAUCCUGCAGACAAGAAGAAUGUUUCACAGGUGAUGAAUCGUCUGAGAGAUGCGGUUUUACAUGAAGCAUUAAUUAUAUCGAUUGUGAAACACAACCCUACAGAGAAAACACUAAUAAUUGCUUUAUUCUCAACUGCACACUUUUAGGUAAUAAUGAGAUAAAGUGGAAUAUCACAGUUUUUAGAUGCAAAAAUGAAUAUAUGUUGUAUUUUAGUCGGGGUGAGAACAGUUUGCCAUUUUACACAUUUUUUUUUAGAUUAUCAUUUGGUGCUAGAAUUCAUUUAGGAACACAUCUGGGGAAUACGUUUGUAAAUUCAUCUGUGGACAUAACCGCUGGUUUUCCUGCCCUGAACGUGAACACCUUCCUCUCUUUAGGAUCAUCAAGUUUGUUAGGAAUACUGCUAGAAACUUCCUGAAUACUUAUUUCAUAUCAUGUGCAGCGGCUGCAGCACACGGUUUGUUUUAAUCGUUGUUCCCAGCCGCGUAGAGUCGAAAAGCACAACAGCGUCCUGCUGAAUUCAGCCCAAACCUCCUGCUUCUGCUGCUGUGUAUAAAUAUAUAAAUACAUGUGUGGCCAUUUUUACUUGAUGUUUUUAAUAUUCAAAGCAACACAUCAGCUAGAAUGAAUAAACUAUAAUAUAUUCCUGUG